AUGGCCUACCGGAUUCGAAAAAAGCGCUCACAAACAUUAAGUGUUUACGAAACAGCGAUUUACGAAUGCGGGCAACUCUCUUCAGCUGCUGUUAAGCUACCCAUCAGUCAUAUAAUACAGUUGAUCAACAAGAAGGAGAAUAAGCUUGAAGAGAUGGAUAUCACAGGGAGAACCCCUCUAUCCUGGGCCGCCGAGUGGGGUCGACUUGAUGUUGUGGAAUUGCUCCUUGACCGGGGCGCCGAGCUGGACCGGAUGGACUGGAAUGGAAGAUCAGCAUUGAGCUGGGUGGCGGAGGGCGGGUCUCUUACAGUGAUUCAAUUGCUGAUCAAGAGAGGCGCUGACGUGAAUUUGCGAGAUGUGGAGGGAACUGGGUCACUUGGCUGGGCCCACUGGACUGGGCGUGGAGAAAACUACAAUCUUGUGUGA